UACCUGUAAAACCUGACAUUUAUUUUCUCGAAGCCGCUUUUUCACGAUCGUAAACAAAUAUCUACCAUAGUACAUUUUUUAAUUAAAUAUUCAUUUAAAAUAUAAUGUCUGCGGGGUCAGUAGAUUUAAGCUCAUAUCGCGAUCAACACUACAAGGGUUCGCGGUCCGAGCAAGAGCGUUCCCUGCGUGAAUCGUGCACAUUAUAUGUGGGAAAUCUUUCAUUUUAUACAACCGAGGAACAAAUUCACGAAUUGUUUUCACGUUGUGGUGAAGUACGUCGUAUUAUAAUGGGAUUGGACAAGUAUAAAAAAACUCCAUGUGGCUUCUGUUUCGUCGAAUAUUAUAUGCGAGCGGACGCGGAAAUGGCAAUGCGAUACGUCAAUGGAACCCGAUUAGAUGAUCGCCUAAUACGUGUGGAUUGGGAUGCUGGUUUUAUAGAAGGACGACAGUACGGACGUGGCAAAACUGGUGGGCAAGUACGUGACGAAUAUAGGACAGACUACGAUGCCGGUCGAGGAGGUUAUGGGAAGUUGUUGCAACAAAAAAUUGCCCCAAAUACAGACAAUCGAUGAA